AUGCAGGAGAUCAGUCGGCUGACGGUGGACACGUCCCUCGUGGCGGUGGCGGCCUCACGGUCGACGCCUGGCACCGAGUGGCCAGGGGCCGAGCAGCCCCGAGCCGGGCCGCCGAAUCUGGCGCACCAGCUUCCGCCCGGGGGUCUUGUUGGGCCGCAUGUGCUUUCGCCCCUGGCCCCGGGCGAGGGACCGCACUUCCCGCACGACAGGCUGGCCGGGCAUGGCUGUUCCCAACCGGCGGCCCACGCCGCGGGGGGCGUGUUCACUGGCAAGCAUAUCGACACCCCGGCCUGUGGCAUCUCCACCUCGCCCACCCGGACGCAAUUGUUUUUCCCGCCUCCCGCCGCGCCGUCUCCCGCCGUGGGCGAAGUGCCCGGCAGCAACUUCCCCCUCGUCGCUGGGCCAGCCUGUCGGCCGACCGCUGCACCACCAUCUGCCGGGCCCGAGCCUCCUGCCGUGGCGGAAUACCGCGAGCAGCUUCGGCGCAUGUUCCAGCACUUCGAUGAGCGCCGCCACACGCUAAACCAAGUCCUCAGCCGGUGCCAGCAGAUGACCCAGCUCCAGGCGCGCUUCGGCGGCGACCCGGACUUCCAGCAGGAAUUCGAGCAAACCCAAGCCCUGUACAGGCGUCUGCAUGAGGAGCUCCGCCACCAGCAGGGGCAAAUCAUGCACAUGCGAUCUUUGGUCCGGCAAUUGGAGCUGCACCCCCCCGCGGACCCCUACCCCAUGCCAAUGCAGCCCAGCCAGGUCCCCCUCGUCCAAGCCCGCGACCUGGGCCUCUAUCCGGCUCCGCCGGCCGCCGGCCCGGGGAUUCGCAUUGCCGCGGCAACAGCCGGCCCGGGGCGGGCUGGCCCGGUGGCCGAUGCCCCGGUGUCCGGUCGGCCCACCGCCGACGCCCCCGGCGGCACGGGGGCUUUUGCCUGCCGCCAGGAGGCCCCCCCGCCGGUCAAGGAGGAGCCGGUGUUCUCCUCGUGCGGGGGGACGCCCCUGUCUGCCGCCGAAGCCAGCAAUGCCCUGCCGACGUCCUAUUCGGCAGAGAUGGACGACGAGGAAGAGGAGGAGGACUUCGACGAGGAGCAUGCUGCCACCGCUUCCGGGACCGCGGCCCUGGCCGACCGGAAGCUCGGCCCCGGCGACGAACCGGACGAGGACGCGGUCCUGCGUGAACGCCUCACGGCCAUCCUCCGGCGCAUGUCCCAGCAGCCGCGCUUCCCGCGCAUCACCCUGGCCCAGUUGCUGGAGCGCCGCCGGGGGUUCCUCAUGCUGUCGGACCCGGAGCGCGAUGCCCUGCUCAUGGGCAUGCUCCUGAUGACUGAGGGCGGCAAGAGCCGGGCCGUGGUGGCCGCGGUUAAUGGCACGGCCGGGCUGCUGAGCGAGGGGGCGGCAGCCGCGGCGGCCGCGGCGGCCGCCGCGGCCACCGCUACCGGGGGCUCCGCCGCUCCGGGGCUCCUGGGCGACGGGCCCCUCGGCAUGGCCGGCCUCGAUCGGCGUCUAUUGCCUCCGGUCAAGCGUGGCCGACGCCCCGGCCGUCCGGCCGGGCGCAAGAAUGACAGCACCAUUCGCCAGAUGAUGCUGGAGUCGCAGCGGGCGGCCGCCGCGGCGGCGGCCCUUCGCGGGGAGCCCCCGCCCCCGGACCCAAACCCGCUGCUCCUGCCAGCCAGCCUGCGGUCCGUGGCCGGGGCCACGCCCAGCGGCCCCGGUGGCGGGACGUCCAGCAACAUCCGCCGGCGGAAGAUCGUCGUCCAAUACUGCCUGGACAGCUAUACCCCCGUGCCGCGGGAUCUCUUUUUCUUGUUGUACGACCUGAAUAGCUUGCAGCUGCAGCGCAUUCGCCAGCGCAUGGUGGCCCUCGGGCUUGUGACCGCGUCCAUGCGGGCCGGGCUCUAUGAUGACCGUGAGGCGUAUGCCUUCAGCCGAGAGAAAAUCCCCCUCGAGGCUUUCCAGGCCAUGGCCACGGCCAGCCCGGCCGCCGCCGCCGCCGCCGCCGCCGCGGACACCACCGCCCCUACCGCCACCACGGCCCAGAGCGCUGCUCCCUCCUCCGCAGCGUCGACCGAUGACGGGGGACCUCCGCCCACCAUGGACGAGCCGAAGGCUGUCAAACCCGAGGCAAACCAUCACUCGGGCGAAGAUGCCGGCCCGUGGCCCAAGCGACCGCGAACCGCCGACACCCACCCCGGAUCAUCGAGGCCCGAGGAAGAACCGGAGCCCCACCAUCAUCCCCACCACUACCACCACCACCAGCAGCAGCAGCAGCAGCAGCAGGCGCAAGCGGAGCAACAGCAGCAGCAGCAGCAGCAGCAGCACCACCACCACCACCACUACCAGCAGCAUCCAACACACUUGGGCCCUGAUGAACGCCAAGCCGGCCAUCACCAGCAGCAGCAGCAGCAGCAUGCGCAUCAUCAGGCGCCCAUCCUGGACACCGACGACCCGACCGAUACUUGCAACGAGUUUUCCCGGGAGGACCUAUCCUCCAGGCACUUUGCUUCCCAAUCGCUGGCCCCAGUAACCGGGAUGGCGGCUCCCCUCGACACGCCCUUCGCCCUUCUCGGGAGCGAUGCGAGUGGCGGGGUUCUUGCGGGGGGGGCCUCCUGUGAGCAGCUGGCGUCGGGAUUGCCGGCCUUGUCGAUCGACCCGCUGGGAGGCCUCUUCCACCAUCCGCUCAUGGCCGGUGCCUCGCCAGGCGAGCGAGCAACCACCUCGCAGUCAGGGGCCUUUUCCGGCUCCGGGCCGGGAGGCGCCCCGUCAGUCGGGGCCGGCGACGCUUCAGACAUGUCGCUGGGCUUGCUGGUCGGGGGAGCCGAACUGCCGGAGCUCCUGGGAAUGGAGCAGGCAUCCCAGGCGGGGGGCGCGGCGAUGGCCGACACGCCGACCUCCACGCCCGGGCUCUUCAUGCAUCAUGCCUACCAGGAGCUGGCGCACGGGCAGUCCCAAACAUUGCAAUCCUUCCACCAGUAUCCCCCUUACCCGUUCAUGGCACAAAGUGCCCCACUGGGCGCCAGCCUGUCGGAAGACGAAAGCCUGGCCUCAAGGCCGGGCAUCGAACUUGGCUCGCCUUCAAGAGAUGGGGACUCUCUCCGGGAGGCCAACAACAACAGCAGAAUUACCAUCAUCAUCAUCAUCAUCAUCAUCUUCAUCAUCAGACGCGGUGGCAGCAGCAGCAGCAACAGCAGCAGCAGCAGCAACAACGACGGCGGACUCGGGGAAUCCUCUCGAUCCUGA